AUGGGAUACUUCGAUCUACAACAGGCAAAUGUGGAGAAAACUGCGGAGAAAUUUACGGAGAAGACUAUGGAGAAGAACAAGAGCACGGACCACAGCAGUCCUAUUCAAGCGGGCACACUCUCCAUAAUUCCACACCAGGCCACUAUGCAUAUUUGCGGAGAACCUUCCCCUCGCCUCAGCAAUACACCAGUUUUCGCCACCCUUCUCACCUCUCUUCUCGCUUUCGCCUCUCCGCUCGGUUACACUCGAUUCGCGAAGGAUAUGGAGGCUAUAGGCCAAGGAUAG